CUGCCCACCCCCCACCCCCCUGCCCCCAACCAGGUCCUUUGGGAGACCUCCAGAUCGCUCAGAAAUUGCUCUCCCUUGGACCUUCUGAACCCAGGUCCCUGGAAAGCCUGGUUCAGAGGCCUUUUCCCCAAAGGGCACAAAACAGGCCUUUUCCUUUGCCCUGCUCAUAUAAUAUUUGUAGAAGCUUGGAUUUUGCUUCUCCAUGCCCUCAAUGAACAUGUAUUUUCCAUCCAAAAUACUUGGCAUGGGUACCACACGAAGGUCAUACACAGGGAUGCUGAGCAGUCCUCCAGUUCAUUAUGUCUGAUUCUUUACCUAGGCUGCUAGCCACUCACCCACCCACACACACAAUUGAAAAUUGCCUUGAUGUCCCUCUGGAGUCCCUGGGGUGAUGAGGAGGCCUACCGAUCUUCCCCUGGCUCCUUACCUCCAGGCUUACCCCAAAGUCCCCAGCAAUCUUAGUCCCAGGAGCCCUCUAUCUAGCUCUGUCCACCCAGGACCACUCCUCAUGGGCAUCCUGUCUACCUCUCCAGAGGCUGGGUUCAUUUUCUCAGUCUGACAGGCACCUCCUCAGCGGUAUCAGGGCUCCGGGGCCUCAAAGGAAAGGGACCUGGACCCUUGAUUUAGAGAACCUGAGAUAAGGCUCCUCCAGCCUGGGUUGGGGCUCUCCUACCUCAAUCCCCUUCUCAGCCAUUUUUGAACAUUGAAACUCCCUGGGGUUGUGGAGGAUGGGGCUAUCCGUUAUCAAAAAACGCUCUGCGCAUCCUGGUGAAGCCUUAUCUCCAGUUAAAAUUAAAUACAAUUUAAAAGGCCAUUUCAGGAGUUUAUUGCUGCAACACCCAGCUUCUUCUCUACAGGGUAGAAAAUCCUGAGAGGCCUGAAGGCCAGCCAACAAGCCAGGAUGCAAUUCCUCCAAGUAGGCACCAGGUGUCGCUGUGGGCUUGUUGUCCCGGCUACCCCCCAAUUCCAAGAACCAUUUUUUUUUUUUCCUCCCCCUUCUCUCCUUUUCUCUCUGUCUCACUCCCUCUCCCCCUUGGUUGGGCUUUGCCAACAUAUCAAGAUGCGUUUCGCCGGCUUCCAUCACUAACCUCCCGGAGGUCAUCAAGCCAAAUUUAUGAGUGGCCGCUCGAGUCACGUGACUCUAUUUAAGGCUCCCUUAUUUGGGAAGAGCGCAUAGGAUAAAGAAAGAGAUAUCUCCACCUAUAAAUUGUGCACUUUGGAGAACAAAAAACCCCUCAACUUCAAAGAGUCACAAAUCACCCUUAAUCAAAAAGGGUGCAGAAAUUUUUUUUGGGCCCUCCCCGCCAUGAGCUCCUACGUAGCCAAUUCAUUCUAUAAGCAGAGCCCCAAUAUCCCUGCCUAUAACAUGCAAACUUGUGGGAACUAUGGAUCGGCCUCAGAGGUGCAGGCAUCCAGGUACUGCUACGGCGGAUUGGACUUAAGCAUCACUUUCCCACCGCCUGCGCCUUCCAACUCUCUCCACGGGGUAGACAUGGCUGCCAACCCCCGGGCUCACCCCGACCGCCCCGCCUGCAGCGCCGCAGCCGCUCCGGGACACGCUCUGGGCAGAGAUGAAGCGGCUCCUCUGAACCCCGGGAUGUACAGUCAGAAGGCGGCUCGCCCAGCGCUGGAGGAGCGAGCUAAGAGCAGUGGGGAGAUCAAAGAGGAGCAGGCGCAGACAGGGCAGCCUGCCGGACUGAGCCAGCCACCGGCCGCGCCACAGAUUUACCCGUGGAUGACCAAACUGCACAUGAGCCACGAGACAGACGGCAAGCGGUCCCGAACCAGUUACACGCGCUACCAGACUCUGGAACUAGAAAAAGAAUUCCACUUUAACCGCUACCUCACUCGCCGCAGGCGCAUAGAGAUCGCCAACAACUUGUGUCUCAACGAGAGACAGAUCAAGAUCUGGUUCCAGAACCGCAGGAUGAAGUGGAAGAAAGAUUCCAAAAUGAAAAGCAAAGAGGCUCUCUAGAGGCAUCGGGGAGGCCCGCCGAGAGCACCCCGAGCCCGCUUCGGUCCCGCGCCUUUCCCUGUCGGUUUUUCCUCUCUAGAUAUCUUGGGGGCAAGAACGGGGGCUGGAGCGCCGGUUCCCCACCUCAGACAAAAGCUCUUUCCCUUGGCAUUGCGCAUCCCUACCGACCCCAGGUUCCCGCGGGGCUGCCCGCGCCGACCGGACUCCCCUCAGUUCUGCUCAGCACCGUGGUCCGGGACAAGUUCCGCAGGGGACCCCCAGACGGCUGUGGCACAGGAGCUGGUGCUGAGCGAACCUGGCUUGGGCCGCCUCUCAGAAUUCCUGCCCCAGCGUGGGCCGCCGGGGUUCAGGUGGGCCCUGCCGCCGCGGCAGGCCCCACGCCCGGACCCUGCGGCCUCGCCCUCUCCUUUGUUCGGGCUUAGGCGGGCCAGGCGGGCUGCCGGCUUGGUGAGAGCAUGGUUGUGCUUGGCAAACCCCGGCACCAUCUCGGGGUGCUUCUUUGUAGCCACUCAACUCGAUGCUCAUUUUUUAAAUGGUCUGCAUAUGAAAGGGGGAGAUGACUGUCUGCCUAGGGCCCCCUCGGCUGCCCUAUGCUCUCUAAACCUGCGCCCCCUCAACCCCAAAACCCGGAAACCCGUCCAGCCUGCGCUCUCUGCAUGUCCUCUCAGGCCCCCAGCCUCAGACCGCUAGCUAGCUCAACUAUUGGGGUUCCCUACUACUAGACCCCACAAAGGUUCUAGAGGCUCCUGGCUGCCCAGUAGUCCUUGCCACGACUUUCGGUGUCCUUCUGCCCAUCGCUAUUGUCCAACUAUUUAUUAACUCCACAUCUUUCCUGAAACUAUAUUUUUGUCAUAUCAAAUAAAGACAAAGAGAGAACAGGACGAAAGAUACAGUGGCUCCUCUCUGUUUGGGGGGCAUGUAUUGGGAAAAGUGUCUAAAUGGGCUGCGGGGUGUUGGGGAAGGCCCACAGCCUUCCAGCGGCUCCUUCAAAAGAAUUUUAGGAGAGUCUAGGAGCAUUGAGUAGAGGCAGGUGAAACUGAGCCCUUUUCCUAACCCUGGCUCCAAGAAGAACCUCUUGGGGAAGGGGAGGACACCCAGACCGUCUCUACUGCCUUUUCCUGUGCUGUGGCUGUCCUAAUCAUUCAGGCCUCAGUACCCACUCCCACCCUGACUGGGUGAAUCUGAGGCCUCUAGACUGACCGCCGCACGCAUUGCAUGCCAGAGCUAAUCUGCAGGGACCAGGGAUCCAUGGCUCCCAGGUGCUCAAACUCAGGCCCUCCUGGGCCUUUGAAGAGCUCUCUCAAGGCUAGGUGGUCUCUGAGGGGCCUCACUGGACAUAGAGGAAGGGUUGA